AGGAAGCCGGACUGAAUGACUGAUCAUGUGACAGCUAGGUAAUUAGCUAAAGUUAAGGAACCAAGUUGCUAUUAAAUAAAGCUGUAAUUGCCCAUUUUUAAACGGGUCAAUAACUGUCGUCGGGGCCCCGAUUUCGAAGUUCUCUCUAACCCUUAAUUCAAUAAAGGGGGUUUAGGGAUUGCUUUGGACAAACUGAUUGAAUAGAGAUUGGGAAUUGUGGAAUCCAAGAAUGGGGAGCAUGAUCAGGAGUUGCUUUCAAUCAAUGCUGAAGCUUGUGAAUUCUCUCGUGGCAAUGGUGGGGCUUGCUAUGGUUCUGUACGCCUUGUGGAUGUUUAGGGUUUGGCACCAGAAUGUUGAUGAUUCUGAUUUCUUACCUCCCUGGUUUAUUUACACAUUCUUUGGCAUUGGUGCUUCUUUGUGUGUGAUUACUUGCUCGGGUCACAUUGCUGCUGAGACGGCUAAUGGAUGCUGCCUUUUCCUAUACAUGUUAUUUGUCUUUUUGCUACUCAUGCUGGAGGCUGCAGUUACUGUGGAUGUGUUUUUCAACCGAGAUUGGGAAGAGGACUUUCCGGAGGACUCAACUGGUAAAUUUGAUGACUUGAAAGGUUUUAUUAGGAAGAACUUUGAGAUGUGCAAAUGGAUCGGCUUAUCCAUUGUGGCCAUACAGGGACUAUGUGUGCUGUUUGCUAUGAUCCUCAAAGCUCUUGGGCCACACCGUCAAUCUUCCUAUGAAAGCGAUGAUGACUAUACUCCAGAAGGUGUCCCACUCUUAAAAAAUUAUGUGCAUCAACCUUCUUAUGUUGCCAAGGACCCUCUGUAUGGAUCUAGGAAGGAAUCAUGGAACAUAAGAGUUAGCAAAUAAGAUAACCGGGUAAAGAGAUUUCAAAUGAAUGAAUGUUGCAGUCAGCCAUGAGAGGGGAAAGUUAUUUGAAAAGAUAAAAAGUUGCAGUCAGCCAGAAGGAUUUACAAGGAAUAUGUGCUCACAGAAAUUAUAGUUAAUUCACAAACAAGCGAAACUGAAUAUGUAAUGUGCAUAAGGUGUAUAUAUCUACAUGCUCUCAGUAACAAUAGCAUCUUGAUACUACAGUUGGAUUCCCAUUCAGAUCAAUGCGCUCUGCAUAUGCACUGUUGAUUGUUAAAGUAGAUGAUAAUUCUUGUAUUAUAUAAAUAUACCUGUCGAGUGUCUUAUCGUGUUA